UGUCAAAUCCCUGAGCACACAGACACACGCUUUACUUAGGGGGAGACCGAACCGAGCCGAGAGAGGCAGAGAGGGACCGGCUGAGGCUGAGAGGAGGCUGGCUUGCUCUUGACGAAACAGUCCGCCUUCCAGUAGAGCUCCGUGACCUGCUUUUUCCUGCUUCAUUGACUCAUUUAUUCCUAUUGGAGGAGGAGGACCGGGGGGAAAGGACGACAGAGUGCAACAGUACACCCUGACUCCCUGGCAGGGAAUGUGGAAAGGUUCUGGCCUCUGCUUGUAACUGCCUGGAUGGACAGUGACUUAACAAGACAGGAAAGAAAUAAGCGUCUCAGGGGAGGUCGCUUUGUUUUGGUCUUUUUCUUUAUUUGUCUUGUGACAUUUGAGCCUUUCCAGCAGAGUUGGAGGCGCUCUAAGAAAACAGAAGUCAACUACAGACAAGAGGACUAAUGAAUUUAGUUGCCGCAGAAACCACAGAGGCAUUUUUCCAGGAGAAAGAGGGGGUGUGUUGUCUUUCUCAGACCGCUCUCCUUUUAAUAUAAUGCCUGCAGCCAGUGUCAGCAUUCUACAAUUGUUUCCCUUCACUUUUAGGUCACAGAUCACUUGUUUUCUACAAAGUUUAGGCUUAAGGGUGAUUCCCUUGCGUAGGACUCCUUCACCAAAGCGCCUGAGUGGAUGAACAUUUUCGGGUCUCUUCGCCCCCACUCGUCGUCAGUGUCACCUCUGCCUCGACAAGUCAAGAGUGAGUCUGGACUCGAGCUGGCCCAGAUCGGCAGAUAACACCUCGGCGCUGCUCGGGAACCGGUUGGACGAGUUUAGAAGUUGGAGCAGAGGGCAGGGUAGUUUAACCCUGCCUGAAGGCAAACUCGCUUAUUUUCCUCCCACUUGUCCUUUUGGGAGAAAGCACUCUCGCACAGAGAGGCAGAGUGACUGUUUGUUUCUUUGCCACUAUGCUGAGGGUUAGCUGAGUUUGCUCUUCUUCUUCUCAGAAGGGCAGAGUCUGAAUGAAAGUAAGAGGGAGGGAGAGACCAGAGUGGGAGACAAAGUGUAAUUUAUUGUUUCCUGGGUUAGAGCAGGCUGCACCCUUUUUUUCUUCUCCUGCCUGAACUCUGAACCACUCAGUGCUUGUGCAAAGUUUUCUCAGGAGUCAUUGAUUGGAGGUCAGGGCAGCCAACACAAGGGUGAAAGCAAGAACAGAGUGAGAAGCCAGAUUAAAGGGGACCCCAGUGCACCGGGAAGGACCGCCGGGUCAAUCUGAACAGACGACAAGGAGGGAAAGGUCAUCGGAGAGACAACUUUUCAUCUUUUUAACUCAAACCUCUCAGAUCACACUGCAUCUUUGAGUGUACUUUUGAGGUCGGGUCAGUGUAUGAUCCGCGCACUUGGAGAAUAUGGCCAUGGUAAGCGGGGGAUGGGGCAACCCCAAUGGACUGGAGGAGAAGGUAUACCUACGCAGGGAGGAGGAGGGCUCGCCCCACGCCGGAAGCAGCGAUGUGGACGUCGCCGAUGAGGACAAGGCCUGUGUUCUGGACUGUGUGGUGUGCGGGGAUAAGUCUAGCGGAAAGCACUAUGGCGUUUUUACUUGCGAGGGCUGCAAGAGCUUCUUCAAAAGGAGCAUCCGACGCAACCUCAACUACUCGUGCAGAUCAAACCAGGAAUGCCAAAUUGACCAACACCAUCGUAACCAGUGUCAGUACUGUCGACUCAAGAAAUGUUUCCGUGUUGGCAUGCGCAAAGAAGCUGUCCAACGGGGUCGCAUCCCACCUUCCCACUCAGGUAUCAGUCCCAACUCCCAACGGGCCGGCGGAGUGGGAAACGUCUUGUCCGGUCACAUGGGGGCAGAAUACUUCAACGGGCAGCCGGUGUCAGAACUUAUAUCUCAACUUCUUCGGGCCGAGCCGUACCCCAACAGUCGCUACGGAACCCCAUACGGACAGGCACAGAUGGGGGCUUCUGCAAGCGGAACCUCUGUCAUGGGCAUCGACAGCAUCUGCGAGCUAGCCGCUCGGCUCCUCUUCAGCACCAUCGAGUGGGCCAGAAACAUCCCCUACUUCCCAGAGCUGCCUGUUUCGGAACAGGUGGCACUGCUGAGGUUGAGCUGGAGCGAACUUUUCAUUCUCAAUGCAGCCCAGUCUGCUUUGCCACUGCACAUGGCCCCCCUGCUAGCAGCGGCCGGCUUCCACUCGUCCCCCAUGUCUGCCGAGAGGGUGGUGUCCUUCAUGGACCAGGUCAGGGUGUUCCAGGACCAAGUAGACAAACUCAAUAGAUUGCAAGUGGACACUGCUGAGUACAGCUGCCUGAAAGCCAUCGCUCUAUUUUCACCUGAUGCAUGCGGUUUGACUGAUCCGGCCCACGUGGAGUCCCUGCAGGAGAAGGCCCAGGUGGCCCUGACUGAAUACGAGAGGUUGCAGUACCCCAACCAACCUCAGCGCUUUGGCCGCUUGCUCCUGCGCCUGCCGGCUCUCCGCGCCGUGCCAGCAAACCUCAUCUCGCAGCUCUUCUUCAUGCGCCUGGUGGGCAAGACGCCCAUCGAAACGCUGAUCCGAGACAUGCAACUGUCGGGGAGCUCCAUCAGCUGGCCUUAUGCCCCGGGACAGUAGGGUGGGAGGCACUGAGAUCUCAAGGAAGGUUACAGAGAACAUCUACACGCUGAAUGUUAGUUCAAUUUAACAGCAGCACUUGAGUGUUGAGCCUCUGAUCUCAAUCUGAUGUCUCUUGGUCUCAAUCUGGACUACCAAAAAAAAAAAAACCCUUAUGAAACAAAAGGCUUCUUAAACGGCACAUACUACCUCCUCCCAUAACUCCCUUAAUGUGACAGUUACAGCCAAGCCUGUGCGUGAGUGUGUUCUCUGCUUUGAAUCCAAGUAACCCAUUGCAACACCACAUCUCAUCACACAAACACGUGAUGUUGAGCAGCAGUAUCAAAUAUUUUACCAAAUGUAUUGUAUAUCUCCAGUUAUGUUGUCAUAUAGUUUUUAUGUGGGAAGCUGCUUGACCUUUCAUUCAACAUUCUUCUUGAAGUUCAUGCACAAGUACAUGUUUUCACCUCGCUAGUCAGAACUGUGUUUUGCACAUAAGGUUAUUGGCGAGCAGAGGUGGGUAGAGUAGCCAAAAAAAUUACUCAAAUAAGAGUAGCGUUACUUCAAAAUAAUAUUACUCAAGUAAAAGUAGUCGUCCAAAAAAUGUAUUCAAGUACAAGUAAAAAAGUAUUUGGUGAAAAUAAUACUCAAGUAAUGAGUAACAUUGUAAGUAACUGCUUAUAUUUUUGUUGAAUUUUUCUUUUAACAAUGGUACUUUUUUUCCAGAUUACAAAGUUAUCUAUAUGGACUAUUGUUAUAGUGAUACUGCACAAUAACCCAUUACAUAACCACAUUAAGCCAAAGAAAUACACACACAAGAAAAAACAUUGAAUUCCGACAAGAGAAAAAAAAAAAAAAACAUAAAUGAAGCAUUAUUCGUCCAAAGAGCAUGGCUGCCCAUUGGUGGAGAAAAUAGUUCCGAGUUUGAAUAGUGAGGAGUUCCUUCAUAAUUACUAUUUCAAAAUUUAAAGGAUCAUAUCUCUGGUUUCCCGCCGUCAAUCGGUGCCAAAUAAAAACUGGGAGAAGGUAAAAUCUGAGUUUUCGAGUCAUGUUGAGGGCAGCGCUCUAUAUCAAAUACUUCAUUUUUUAUGGUGCUUUAAAGACACCACAUGAUUGAACAGGCUGGCUUGCAUCUGAUUGGUUUUAUGGAGUCAUGUGAUUUUUGUUGCGACGUCUCAUUGGUAAAAUUGGUAGAGCUAACCCGGUAAUAUUGGCAUCACUGGCAAAAAAAAAAAAAAAAAUUAUAAUACAUCUAAUAUUUAGAAAAAAUAGGAUAAAUGUGAAGACUCUUGUGUAGCCCAAAGUAGCGGAGUAAGAGCAGCGUUUUUUUAUUUUAUUUUUUUAUUUUUAAAGUUUUUAAAGUCUUAGAAGAACAUUUUUCUCAAAACUUACUCAAGUAAAUGUAACAGAGUAAAUGUAAUGGAGUACAUGUAACGCGUUACUACCCACCUCUGCUGGCGAGGCAGAAUUGUGCACUAGUUGACAACUGUCAUCAAUUUACUUUCAACUGUGAGGGCUGGCAGUUCAAACAGAUUUGACCUCUGUUGCUGUCAUUGGCAGCGAGAGAGUUGUUCUGACUUGGAUUAAGUAAAUGCUCAAACGGCUGUCCACUGUGUGUCAUAUUAUAAUCGGUACUUUAUUUCUAAUUCAUUGUCUGACAGUGACAGACAUCUAUUGCUGUCAAUGGCAGGCACUGAGUUAAGGCUCUGUCGCCCCCUGAAGAAAUAGCAUACUCAAUGAAUGAAUGAUCAGGAUUUGGUGCCCCCAAGUGGCCGAAAUAUUUUUGCACAGACACAAAUAGUGGCUUUAAUAUACAGUAGUGUGAUGUUAUAAGUUUGAGGCUGCAUGCAAUUUAUCAAAAAGAAACCACAUCAUGACUGCCACCUUGUAGUUGGACAUCAUUACCUCAUCAUGUUUUAUCCUCUUAAAGACAAAGAUUGUACAGUGAAUAAUGAAUGAAUACACGAACAGUAAAUCUAAAGGGAUCAAGUUCCAUCAUCACGAGAAUGUAUUCUCCCAAAGACAGAUAUGCAGUGAUUUUUGGACAUGAUUUGGAAAUGUAAUUUAUGGGGUGCCCACAUUUGUAUAGUGCCCUCAUGUAAAGGUACGACUCUGGUUACGUGUCAUUUGUAAAACAAAUAAUACACUUGGCCUUACAGACAGUUAAGAAUUAUAGCUAAGUUACUGCAAAACACUCAUCGGUACUACUAAAAUGCUCGACUGGUAAGCAACACAAUCAACCACUCAAUGUGAUGCAUGUUUGCCAAACUAAAACACUUUUUAAGGAGAAUGUUUUUCUAUCUUUUGUAUUACCUCUCAACUUUGCAACAACAACAACAACAACAACAAAAACAACCUGUUCAAAAGCUCAAAAUGUUCUUCACUUUACUUGUUUGUCACAAUUAAAACUAGUGAUUUGACUGUGCGGCUUUAUUGGAUUCAUAUAUGACUUUAAUGCAGAUAAAUGUUUGACUAGCUUUGUUUGCAAUACUUGAAAUAAAAGUACUGUAUGCACAAACUGUUGUACAUUGCAUUUAGGAGAUGACUGGGUUCAUAAACGGAUUUUAAGGGGGUGCAGGCCCCCCUGGUGGCCGAAAAAUGUCAUUGCAUGUAAUUGGCUUUCAUAUAUAUAUAUUAGGGCUGUCAAACGAUUAAAUUUUUUAAUCGAGUUAAUUACAGCUUAAAAAUUAAUUAAUUGCAAUUAAUCGCAAUUCAAACCAUCUAUAAAAUAUGCCAUAUUUUUCUGUAAAUUAUUGUUGGAAUGGAAAGAUAAGACAAGAUGGAUAUAUACGUUCAACAUACGGUACAUAAGGACUGUAUUUGUUUAUUAUAACAAUAAAUCAACAAGAUGGCAUUAACAUUAUUAACAUUCUGUUAAAGUGAUCCAUGGAUUGAAAGACUUGUAGUUCUUAAAAGAUGAAUAUUAGUACAAG